CGGCUCGCGGGCGCUGCCAGUCUCCGGCGGCGGUGUCCGGCGCGCAGCUGAGCGACGGAGGUGCGGACUGGCGGCCUGCUGGGCGGGCUGAGAGGCUGAGCGGUACGCGCCGCGGAAAGACGCGGAGCCCGAGACGCGGCGGUGACGGCGCUGGUGACGGCGACAGAUUUCCUACUUAUAAAAGACAAUGACUACUGAUGAAGGCACCAGUAAUGAUGGAGAAAACCCAGCAGCCAUCGUGGUUGAACAGGGAGAAGAUAUUACUAUCAAAAAAGAUAGAGGAGUAUUAAAGAUUGUCAAAAGAGUGGGAACUAGUGAGGAAACCCCCAUGAUUGGUGACAAAGUUUAUGUCCACUACAAAGGAAAAUUGUCAAAUGGGAAGAAGUUCGAUUCCAGUCGCGAUAGAAAUGAACCAUUUGUCUUUAGCCUUGGCAAAGGGCAGGUUAUCAAAGCCUGGGACAUUGGGGUGUCUACCAUGAAGAAAGGAGAGAUCUGCCACUUACUGUGUAAACCAGAAUAUGCUUAUGGCUCUGCUGGCAGCCUUCCGAAAAUUCCCUCGAAUGCAACUCUCUUUUUUGAGAUUGAACUCCUUGAUUUCAAAGGAGAGGACUUAUUUGAAGACUCGGGCAUUAUCCGUAGAAUCAAACGGAAAGGAGAGGGCUACUCCAACCCAAACGAAGGGGCUACAGUGGCGGUCCACCUGGAAGGCCGCUGUGGUGGAAGGGUGUUUGAUUGCAGAGAUGUGGUGUUCAUUGUUGGUGAAGGAGAAGACCACGACAUUCCAAUUGGAAUUGACAAAGCCCUGGAGAAAAUGCAGAGGGAAGAGCAGUGUGUUUUAUAUCUUGGACCACGAUAUGGUUUUGGAGAGGCAGGGAAGCCUAAAUUUGGCAUUGAACCCAAUGCUGAGCUUAUGUAUGAAGUCACACUUAAGAGCUUCGAAAAGGCCAAAGAAUCCUGGGAGAUGGACACCAAAGAAAAGCUGGAGCAGGCUGCCAUUGUCAAAGAGAAGGGCACUGUGUACUUCAAGGGAGGCAAGUACAUGCAGGCUGUAAUUCAGUACGGGAAGAUAGUGUCCUGGCUGGAGAUGGAGUAUGGCCUAUCGGAGAAGGAGUCAAAGGCCUCUGAAUCGUUCCUGCUUGCGGCCUUCCUAAACCUGGCCAUGUGCUACCUGAAACUUAGAGAGUACACCAAAGCUGUGGAGUGCUGCGACAAGGCCCUUGGACUGGACAGUGCCAAUGAGAAAGGCUUAUACAGAAGGGGUGAAGCCCAGCUGCUCAUGAACGAGUUUGAGUCAGCCAAAGGUGACUUUGAGAAAGUGUUGGAGGUGAACCCUCAGAAUAAGGCCGCAAGACUGCAGAUCUGCAUGUGCCAGAAGAAGGCCAAGGAGCACAAUGAGCGAGACCGCAGGGUGUAUGCCAACAUGUUCACCAAGUUCGCAGAGCAGGAUGCAAAGGAAGCAGCCAGCAAAGCAAUGAGCAAGAAGGCUGUAGAAGGAGAGGCGGGUAAAAGAUCUGAGAGGCAGGCCAUGGAAGAAGGAAAGGCUGAAGGCCAUGUAUGACGUCACGCCAAGGAGGGAAGAGAGUCCUAAUGAACUCGGCCCUCCUUGCUGGGCUCACACCCAACUCAGGACUGAACGGUGUUUAGUGUAAGGUUUGUUACAGUCUCUGGGAUUCUGGAAGCAAAUGGCAAAACCAGUAGCUUCCCAAAACAACCACCCUGCUGCUGCCGGGGGU